AUGAUGCUAAAAUACAAUGACGACUCCGAAGAAGAUGACGAGCAUGGUCCCGUGAACGACGCCAUAGGUGGCGCAGCAUGCGGCAAUGACGAGGGUCCCGAUGCAGAAUCCCAUGGCACCACAAGUACCCGCGUUGUCGGCUCUGUCCGCACUCGUAAUCGCCCCUCAGAGCUGUCACAUGAAUGCGCGCGUCGCUCGUCGACGCGCGCUCGCAGCGAGCCCGCUCAUGUGAACAACGACACCCUACAGCAGCGGUCAAACGUCGUCGAUCACGCGUCAGAAACGCGUCAAAUAUGGGGAAAACGUAAAAGGCCCGAUGCUUUGCUUCGAACGUCGCAUCCGUCACCCGAGGAACCACUCACGCGAGAUCGUUCACCCCGUCCGCCGCGCGCUCGCGCCGUCGCCCAGAGAGUUACUGAUGCAGAUGCAGUUGCUGAAGCCGAUGUCCGCGAGCAAAAACGACUCCGGAGAAACGAACAAUCCCGGUUGAGUAAGGCCCGUGUCCGUGCGAAGAGGAUGGCCGAAAAAGCGGCCCCAACCGACGCUCGACAGGUGCUCAUGACCAUCACCAACAUGAGGUAG